AUGAAGCUAAUUUCUCGCAUUACUCUUAUUAUUCUUUUGUUUACAUUGAGCCAUGCUUCUAAUGAACAGACAAGACGACUAAGGAAAUUGAGAAGAGCAAAAUUUUUCGCGAAACAAACCUCAAUCGAGAAGGAAUGGGAUCCAACAAUUUGGGACAAUGAAAAUUUUGAAGAGACAAGCAACUUACAUGAUGUUGGAGAAAAGGAACAUGAUCGCAUAUUUUACGAAGAUAUUGGGCUUCCUGGGCAACAAAUACCCGUAUCAUUCGAGCAGUACGCUGGAUAUGUUAAAGUUGAUCAAUUGAAAGGGCGUCACCUAUUUUAUUACUUUGCCGAAGCGGUUCAUUUUCCUACUCAAAAACCUCUUGUUCUAUGGCUCAAUGGAGGUCCUGGUUGUUCAUCAUUAGGGUAUGGUGCAAUGCAAGAACUUGGACCAUUUGGUGUUAAUCCAGAUGGGAAAACCCUCUUCAUAAGGCCUUAUUCAUGGAACAAAGCCGCGAAUAUGUUGUUUUUGGAAUCUCCGACAAGUGUGGGAUUUUCUUACUCGAACGAUACAUCAGAUUACAAUAACUUGGGAGAUCGAAACACAGCUCGAGAUGCAUACGCUUUUCUGUUAAAAUGGUUCGAAAGGUUUCCUGAGUACAAGGAUCGAGAUUUCUACAUUACUGGAGAAAGUUAUGCAGGAGUUUAUGCACCACAAUUGGCAGAUUUAAUUAGAUACAAGAAUGAGAAAGCUGGUAAACAAAUCAUCCGACUCAAGGGAAUUAUGAUUGGAAAUCCGGAUAUAAACCAUUUCACAGAUGAAAAAGGCACAUACGACUAUCUUUGGUCUCACGCUCUUCUUUCAGACGAGACACACAGUUUGAUCAUGAAAUACUGCUUCAAGUCUCCUCAUUUUAGUUCAAAGAAAGAUUAUUUGAAAUGUAGUAAUCUCCAGGACAAAGCAUAUAACGAAAGUGGUAAUAUCGACCUUUACUCUAUUUAUGCUCUAACAUGUCAUAUUCCGAAAAACGCGACAUUACCAGUGUCACCACCAACACCAAAACAAGGCACUUAUGAUCAAUGUGUGGACCAUUAUGUUGAUUCUUAUCUUAAUCUUCCUUAUGUACAAAAAGCUCUCCAUGCCAAGCCAACUUCUUGGGUAUUAUGCAGUACUCCAUCCUAUAAUUGGACAGAUUAUACAGAUUCAAUGUUUAGUACAUACCAUAGGCUCAUUGAUACCCAUAUUAAAAUACUCAUUUACAGUGGUGAUGCGGAUUCAGUGGUUUCAGUGACUUCGACUCGUUACUCUCUUGAUGCUCUCAACCUUGAAGUGAUAAAACCAUGGCAUCCUUGGAUAGAAGAUAAUGAAGUGGGUGGAUAUAAGGUGGUCUAUAAAGGUCUCACAUUCGCGACAGUUCGAGGCGCUGGGCAUCAAGUGCCUCAAUUUCAAGCCGGUCGCAUUUAUUCUUUGUUCGAGAAGUUUUUAGGAUAUUAG